AUGGCCUCCGCCGUCUUUUUCCUAGACCUCAAGGGCAAGACCCUGCUUGCCCGAAAUUAUAGGGGUGAUAUCCCCAUGUCCGCCGUUGAGCAGUUCCCCGUGCUGCUCAGCGAAGCGGAAGAGGAGUCUUCUGCCGUCCCUCCUUGCUUCUCCCACGAAGGCAUCAACUACCUCUACAUCCGACACAACAACCUUUACCUCCUUGCCCUCACAAAACGAAACACAAAUGCUGCCGAGAUCCUACUAUUCCUCCACAAGGUCGUCGAGGUCUUUACAGAAUACUUCAAGAUGUUGGAGGAGGAAUCGAUUCGGGACAACUUUGUCAUCAUCUACGAGCUUCUCGACGAAAUGAUGGACUUUGGCUAUCCCCAAACCACCGAGUCCAAGAUUCUGCAAGAGUACAUUACGCAAGAAUCCCACAAGCUCGAGGGCAUCCGCUACAGGAAGAACGAGGUCUUCCUCGACGUCGUCGAGAGCCUCAACCUGCUGGUGUCUUCCAACGGCAACGUCCUCCGGUCCGAGAUUCUCGGCGCCAUCAAGAUGAAGUGCUACCUCAGCGGCAUGCCCGAGCUCCGGCUCGGACUCAACGACAAGGUCAUGUUCGAAACCACCGGCCGGACGACGCGAGGCAAGGCCAUCGAGAUGGAGGACGUCAAGUUCCACCAGUGCGUGCGUCUCUCGCGCUUCGAAAACGACCGCACCAUCUCCUUCAUCCCCCGACGGCGAGUUCGAGCUCAUGAGCUACCGCCUCAACACCCAGGUCAAGCCCCUCAUCUGGGUCGAGUGCGUCGUCGAGUCCCACAGCGGCUCCCGCAUCAGUACAUGCUCAAGGCCAAGGCCCAGUUCAAGCGUCGCAGCACCGCCAACAAUGUGGAAAUCAUCGUCCCCCAGAGCGCCAUCGUAUGGAAGAUUAAGCAGUUUGGCGGCAACAAGGAGUUCCUCAUGAGGGCCGAAUUGGGCCUACCCUCCGUAAGGGGCGACGACGAACACGGCGGUGGCAUGACCGGCGGCUUCGGCGGUAGCAUGGGCGGCGUGGGUGGCGGAAAAGGUGCCAAGAGGCCAAUCCAGGUCAAGUUUGAGAUUCCCUACUUCACUACUAGCGGUAUCCAGGUGCGGUACCUGAAGAUUACGGAGCCCAAGUUACAAUACCCAUCCCUGCCUUGGGUCAGGUACAUCACACAAUCCGGAGAUAUAGCAGUCCGGCUUCCUGAUGCGGUUUGA